AUGGAUCAGGUCAAUUCUUCAGUGGUGUCAGAGUUUGUGUUGCUGGGACUUUCCACUUCUCGGGAACUCCAGUUUUUCUUCUUUGUUUUCUUCUUUGUGUUAUAUGUUGUCAUUGUGCUGGGGAACCUUCUCAUUAUCAUCACGGUGAAUUCUGAUGCCAGGCUGCACUCCCCUAUGUACUUCCUCCUGGGAAACCUUUCCUUCGUUGACAUUUGUCAGGCUUCUUUUGCUACCCCUAAAAUGAUCACAGAUUUUCUAAGUGAACACAAGAUAGUAUCAUUCAAUGGCUGCAUGGCCCAAAUUUUCUUCAUUCAUCUUUUCACUGGUGCGGAGAUGGUGCUGCUUGUCUCCAUGGCCUAUGACAGAUAUGUAGCAAUAUGCAAACCCCUACACUAUGUGGUCAUCAUGAGCCAAAGGACAUGCAAUAUCUUGGUGAUGAUCCCCUGGGCUGUAGGCUUGGUGCACACAUUAAACCAGUUGUCAUUUACUGUAAACUUGCCUUUUUGUGGACCCAAUGUUGUAGACAGCUUUUUUUGUGACCUUCCUCGAGUAACCAAACUUGCCUGCCUGGACUCUUACAACAUUGAAAUACUUAUUGUGAUUAAUAGUGGAAUUCUUUCCCUAAGUACUUUCUUGUUGUUGGUCAGCUCUUACAUUGUUAUUCUUGUCACUGUCUGGUUCAAGUCCUCAGCUGCAAUGGCCAAAGCAUUUUCUACAUUGGCUGCUCACAUCACAGUAGUGAUACUAUUCUUCGGACCUUGCGUUUUCAUCUAUAUGUGGCCCUUUUCCACCUAUCCUGUAGAUAAAGUGCUUGCUAUAUUUUACACUGUUUUCACACCCAUCUUAAAUCCCAUCAUCUAUACACUAAGGAACAAGGAUAUGAAGGUUGCCAUGAGUAGAAUUGUUGCUCAUUACCUGAGGCCCAAGAAAGUUUCUGAAAUGCCGAUAGUAGUGAGGCAUUCUUUUUAUUAA